AUGGCCCAGGGGGUGCUCUACUCCCUAGAGGUGACAUUGGCUGAGCCGCCCUGCAGCCCCCCCACAGCCUGCAAGCACCCCCAGUCUUCAGAGACCCUGCUUUGUUGCUUUGAAGUCCUGGACCAGAUAUGGGCCAAACAGACGCUGCUGGAGCAAGACUGCGGUCAGCCUGGCUCCCAGCCUCUUCUCUGGAGUUCUGACCAUCAGCGUCCUCCUGGCCUCCCAUCUAAGGCGAGAAACCAGAGCAGUCCGGAUGCGGGCUUGUCGGCCGGGCCCCACAGCUCGUCCUUGCCCAGGACGAGCGACUCAGUGGAGCUCAUCAGCCUCUUCAAGGACUUCCUCACCACCUACAACAAGAGCUAUGCCAAUGCCACAGAGACCCAACGACGUCUGGGCAUCUUUGCCCGGAACCUGGAGCUGGCCCGCAAGAUGCAGGCGUUGGACCAGGGUUCUGCUGAGUACGGUGUCACCAAGUUCAGUGACCUCACAGAAGAGGAGUUUCGCACUUUCUAUCUGAACCCUCUAUUAAGCAGCCUCCCAGGCCAAGCCCUGAGGCCGGCCCCAGCGGCCAGAGGUCCAGCCCCUGCCUCCUGGGACUGGAGAGAACACGGGGCCGUCACUGAAGUCAAGAAUCAGGGCAUGUGUGGGUCCUGCUGGGCCUUCUCGGUGACCGGCAACGUGGAGGGGCAGUGGUUUCUCCGCCACGGGACCCUGCUGGCCCUUUCUGAGCAGGAGCUGGUGGAUUGCGACACGCUGGACCAAGCCUGUGGCGGAGGCCUUCCCUCGAAUGCCUACACAGCUAUUGAGACACUGGGUGGGCUCGAGACGGAGAAGGACUACAGUUACGAGGGCCGCAAGGAGCGGUGCAGCUUCUCCCCUGACAAGGCCCGAGCCUACAUCAACAGCUCGGUGGACCUGAGCCGCGAUGAGGAAGAGCUCGCCGCCUGGCUGGCCGAGAACGGCCCCGUCUCCAUCGCGCUCAACGCCUUCGCCAUGCAGUUCUACCGCCGCGGGGUCUCCCACCCAUUCCGGCCCCUGUGCAGCCCCUGGUUCAUCGACCAUGCCGUGCUGCUCGUGGGCUACGGCGACCGCUCCGGCAUCCCCUUCUGGGCCAUCAAGAACAGCUGGGGCCCUGACUGGGGCGAGGAGGGUUAUUAUUACUUAUAUCGGGGUGCCCGGGCCUGUGGGAUGAACACCAUGGCCAGCUCUGCCAUCGUGGACUAGCGAGCCCACCCCGGGCCGGAACCGGUAACAGCGGCGCCCCCUCUGGGCAGGGCAGCGUCCCAGCCCGGCCCGUGAACUCAGACCUCUAGACUAGCGUGACUCGUUCUCCUCGACCUGGCAGGGCCGCCCCCACCCGCCCCCUGCCCGGGCUGUGGGAGGGCAAAGACGGGCCCAGCGAGGCAGGACCGCCGGGGGCUGCUCCAGGAUCUGUCCAGGGGUCGCUACUCAUUCUGAUCCCAUACCAGCUCCUGCAGGCACUGAGCCUCAGUUUCCCUCUCUGUACAAUGGUUUGGACUCUCCUGGCUGAGAUGAAAACUGUCUGUUAUGGCCGAAGCCUUGUGCCCGGCACCCUCUUAGCAUCAAUAAAGUUAGGUCCUGA